GAAUUAUAUUAAGUAAUCAGAGUGUGUGAGAUGGAGUCUAAAUGGUUGUGGAUGUUUCUAGCAGCGUUAAUCUUGCUUGAAGGGUGGUGUGAUGGUUGCUGGGAGCAAGAAAAAAUUGCUCUCUUGCAACUCAAACCGUUCUUCCAUAAUAUUAAUGGUCUACAUAACUGGGCAGAGGGAAAUGAGAGUAUUUCCGAUUGUUGUGAAUGGGAAAGGGUUGAGUGCAAUCCCACCACUGGACGAGUGACACGGCUCUUCCUUAAUCUUACAACAACUUUAACCUCUUCUGAUUUAGCUUUUGAUGGAUAUUAUUCGGAUGAAGGUUAUGAAAUUUACAUAUUUGAAUGGAACAGUGGGAGUACUGGGAGGGAUUAUUGGUAUCUCGACACGUCUUUGUUUCUUCCCUUCGAGAAAUUGAAGAGUCUUCAUUUGAGUGGAAAUUCCAUCGCUGGUUGUGUUCACAAUGGAGGUUUUGAAAGAUUGUCAUUGAAAUUGGACAAACUGGAGACUCUUGACUUGAGCAACAAUAAUCUCAAUGAUAGUAUUUUAUCAUCUUUAAGUGGACUUUCAUCUCUCAAGUCUUUAUAUUUAGCUAACAACCAAUUCACAGAAUCAAAUUCUAUCAAUGGUAUUAAUAUACUAUCAAAGUUGAAGAAUUUGGAGACUCUGGAUUUACGUGGUAACAUAUUAGGAAAUGACGUCUUGUCACAUCUAAACGGAUUUACAUCUUUAAAAUCAUUACGUUUGCAGGGGUGUGGAUUACAAGGAACUGUUCCUAUGCUAGAAUUCAGUCAUUUGAUGAACUUAAAGGAAUUGUAUUUAGGCCGAAAUAAAAUUGAGAGUUUCGAAUCCUUUCGAGAAAAAAGAGAAUUGGGGUUCAUCAAACUUGAGGUGCUUGGUUUAAGUGAAAAUUUCUUCAACAACAGCAUAUUCUCAUUUCUUGGUGUGCUCUCAAAUUUGAAGUCUUUGUAUAUAACAAAUAACAAAUUGAAAGGGCCAAUAGAAUUAGAUGCUUUCAGCAACUUGGAGAACAUGCAUAUUUACUGCAGUUUUGACAAUCCGACCUACGACGGAGUAAUAAGUACCGGUUGUAGCCUUCCACUGCAAUCACUGAGCUUGUUCUCGUCGUUGAAGACUCUUCGUUUGGUUGGAUUUAGUUUUAACGGAAGAAUUACUACAGAAAUUUGGCAAAAUUUGACAAGUUUGGAGGACUUGACCGUGGGAUAUUCAUCUCUCCCUUCCAACUUUAUUCAAGAUAUUGGAACACUGACUUCUCUUAAGAAUUUGUUCCUGUACUAUUGUGAGGUGAAUGGCAACCUCUCUAUGCAUGGCCCACUUCAUUUGAAGAAUUUGGAAUCUCUCAGCAUAUUCUUGACUCCUCUGGAAAGCAACUUUCUUCAAACAAUUGGAGCUGUGCCUUCUCUCAAGUCUUUAUCAUUAUGGAAUUGUGGACUCAAUGGCACCUUACCUACCCAAGAUCGAAAAAAGCUUGUGAUAAUGUGUGACUAA